CACCGCCCUCCUCUCCCUCCUCGGCGCCCUCGUCGCGACCAUCUGGGGCGACGCCGAGUUGCGCACGACCGAGAUUCAGAUCGCCUUCUGGUUCCCCAUCGCGCCCCUGUACGGCCUCAGCCUCCUCACGACGACCUCGUCCGGCCGCAAGAUGAUCAACGCCCGCGUCGGCAGCGUCUCGCUCGGACCUCGCCCGCCGCCCGAGCUGAGCGGCGUCUUUGCUCGCGACGCGCGCUCGUUCGGCCCUCGAGGCGGCACCUUGCCUGAGCCUGCUGCAGGCUCGGGCAUGGGCUCGGCGGCAUCGUUCGAGAGCGGCCGUCGAGGCGGGAACGGCCGUCCUGUCGGCGCGCCAGCACUGCAGAUCAAGGUCGAGCGUGAGGUCGUGCAUGCCGUCGACGACCUCGACGAGGACUUGAGCACGUCGACGAGCACGUCUGGGCCCAGAGCCGACUCGGGCUUUUCUCGCGGCGGAGGAGAGAAGAGCAGGACGAGGUUCGAGGUUUGAGGGUCGAUUCGCGCUCGUGCCGGUCGAGCUUUCUGUAGAGCCUCUCGUCGUUCGCGCACGCGGUGUUGUUGUAGAGUUAUAUAGUUUGCAGUGCGCUUCGAGCGCUCUAAACAAGAGAGGAGAGAGGGCGAACGUCGACAGCUAGAUCUCAAACCUCCUCGCCCACCAGUCGACGACCUCGGUGCAGCUCUGCGCCGG